AUGCUGGAAGUCCGCCCCUGUACCAACGAUGACUUCGCCGACUUUGUCCGCAUACAGACAGCCGCGUUCAACACCGGGAUUACCAAGCUACUAAAGGCAGAGCAGACGCCUGAGAACAGGGAGAAAUCAAUCCAAAAGCAUAUCAAGAGUGUAACGAACGAGUCGGACGUGCGUUACUUGAAGGUGGUUGAUACGGAGCUGAACGACAAGAUGAUUGCAUGCGCCAAGUGGAGAAUGAAUGAAAAGGAGCGUACUGAAGAGCAGAUCCAAUCGAUGCUACCUGUUCCCGGAGAAGAGGAGAAGGACAGACCCGCGGCCCAGGACUUCAUGAACUACCUGCACCGAGUGAGAAAGCAAUUCAUGGGGACGAAACCAUUUUAUUGUGAGUGUGCGUGA